UCCCCUGGGUUGGACAAACACUCCUGGGUCUCGCAUCUUGAUUUUUCCCUGCUCGUCUUCAUCUGGUGUGUACUUUGCUGAAGGUCUCGCAUGUGGUAUCUCCAGAGACGAAAGCAAUGAAAGCCAAUGCGAUUGUAUCGCUCUUCCUCCUCUCUGCGACGUCGCUCGCUGUCGCAGAGACUGAGGUACCUUCACCAACGGCGACAACCACAAUAACGGUGAUUUAUGCGAACCAAGCCACAUCCACAACCGAUUCGACCUCUUCGCCUUCCACUUCGACUUCAAUCGCAAGCACGUCGAGCACAUCCGUCACGUCCACCACCUCUAGCUCGUCUAGCGCUUCUAGCAGCGCAUCUUCCUCGAGUCUGCGCACAAUGACGGCCACGAAUUCUGGGAGUCCGGUUAAUUUGAUAGCAACUGCUGCGACAGCCCAUGCGACCGAUGAGGCCAGCGAGGCGGCCAGCGCCAGGAAUGUUGAUAUAUCAUUGGGUCUUGUUGUGGGAUCAUUUGCGCUUGCUUUGGGCUCAAUAUGGUGACAAUGCGACGGUGCAAUUCUGAGAUGGUCGACUUCAACGGCUAUGACGACUCCGUUGCGACGCUGGGCCAUUCAUCAUACACCGAUCAUAAAAGAGACGUCUUGGCGCAUCGCCAGUGACUGGAUUGUGUUCUCUUUUUCCUAAUCGUUUCUGUUAUUUCGGGUCAGCUCUUGCAAGAGUUGGGUUUCUCGGAUUGUGUUUUAAAUAUACAUACCCCUUUGAUGAUUUCUCGAAUAUCUAUGCGCCACUGUUCUUUUCGACGAAAAUCUCAUUUGUUCUUCUAUAAAUCCUGUUCAUAACAAUUGCUUGUGUUAUGCUUCUGUAUAGACCUUCAGUAGACGCAUCUCU